CAGUCACAGUGGUGCCAUUCUCACAGAGGCAAGCACCGUAACCAGAAGGGGUGACAACAGAGACGCAACUCCAGAGCUAUCUGACAGGCCCUCAGUCAUGACUCUACUUCUGUUUACCAUACUGCUGGUCUCAGGUGUGUGCAGUCUCUCCUCCUCUGUGCCACGUCGGUUCCAUGUGGUGAAGGAGCAGAAGAGCUGGACAGAAGCUCAGCAGUACUGCAGAGAGGAGUUCAUUGACCUCGCCACCAUAGACGACAUGACAGAGAUGGAGAAGGUGAAGAGCAUGAUCCAUGAAGCAGGUGCUGGAAAUGCUUGGAUCGGGCUGAAGCAGGGAAACAGUCCUAAGUGGCAGUGGUCUCUGGCUGACAGGGAUUUCUACAGAGAGAAUGAGACAGAGUUCAGGAACUGGGCUUCAAACCCACCCAAUGGAGGUGCUGAAGAAGAGUGUGUGGCUAUGAAACAUGCAAAUGGAAAAUGGCAUCAUAACAAGUGUAUUGAGCGCCUUCCCUUCAUCUGCUAUGACGGGGGAAAUUCCACACAGCCCUAUGUGCUGGUUACUGAGGAGAAGAACUGGCCAGACGCUCAGAGAUACUGCAGAGAGAAACACACAGACCUGGCCAGUGUGAAGAAUCAGACAGAGAAUGACAUGAUAAAGGAAGUAAGAGCAGGGAGUCAUGUAGGAGGUGCAUCUCAUAACAAUGGAAAUGGAGAAGCCUGGAUCGGCCUGUUCAGAGAUGGCUGGGAGUGGUCAGAUGGCAGCAACUCCUCAUUCCGCUACUGGGGCACUGGCGAACCCAAUUUUGGCACAGGGGUGUUCUGUGCUGAAACUCUUAAUGCUUCCAGGGGUCAGUGGAACGAUGUAGGCUGUCACCAUCCUAGGAGCUUUAUCUGCUUUGAAGACAAGCUGGUUCUGGUCCGUGACAAUAAGACCUGGAAAGAGGCGCUGCAGUACUGCCGAGAGCACCAUGUGGACCUGGUGUCUGUGACGUCCGAGCGGGUCCAGCGCUGGGUGAGUGAGCGGGCUAAAGGAGCCUCCACUGCUCACGUGUGGCUGGGCCUGCGUCACGCCUGCGUCUUGGGCUGGUUCUGGGUCUGUGGAGAGACCGUCUGCUACAACCACUGGGCCCCAGGACAAGAGCAAGUGGAGUCCUGCAAACACAGAGUGGGGGCAGUGGAGUCUGUAGGGGGGCAGUGGGUCAGCAACCUGACUGAGACUGACAAACUCAACUUCAUCUGCACCACUAAGGAGGAGUGAAACUGAAUCUUCCUGAAGCAGCCUUGGAGAAACUCUUCAGGGUCCUCCAGCUCCCAUUCAUGUUCACCACUCAUUUAAUUAUAAGCAGCUACACAACUACUUUCAUAUACACUAAAUGCUACUUUCACCAUUGUAUUUCCUCUUACUGUGUGUAAGAAAGUCAAAUAAUUUAUAUUGUUUAAUACUGUCAUUUUGUGUGUUCAGAUUGUUAGCAAUGAUGCCAUGUGUUGACAAGAUACAAGUACAGUUGGUCAACUUUCAAAGUGUAUUUCUGUCCUUUACUGUUCCUGAUAUGGCUAUUUCUGAUGAGUAUGAUUAACCUUUCCCAUUUUAAAUUUGAAACCACCUACCCAAAUUAUACAGAAGCGUAUUGCUGCCACACUAUAAUAAAUAAAAUGGCCCAGUAUUACGUAAUUACGUGAAAAGUUUCUUGUUAUAACAAUAUCUUUUUCACAUUUUAACAAGAUAUGUAUCACGUUUUUACAUGAAAUUAUCAUGUUAUUUCAAGAUAACGAAACUAAACGAAACGAGGCCACGAGAGCUCAUGGCUGGCAUAAAUGAUAACCAGGCAUGUCUAUGAACUUGCACCCUGACUGCUAUUACACAGUGCUGCUUGAUGAGUUUGUUUUUGUGCGUGUGUAUGUGUGUGUAGGCUACGUGUGUGUGGUCAAUUCCCAGCUGAUUGAGGAGCAGCGAAGAGGGAUGUGUGUGUAUUGGCAGAGAGCCGCUGAAAAGGAGGCCGAUAAAGAGGUUCUGUGCAGGAUAGCCUGCUCACACAGCCUGAUAGUUCUGCUUCAUCUUCUUAUUAACACAAUGAGUGAGCCUAAAUAAAGAUAAAGAGAAAAUCCAAUACACUCUGAAUUAAUGACAUUAAAUCUUGGAUGGCAUGUCAUUUCUUACAACAUAACAACAGUAAAACUGAAGUCAUCAUAUUUGGCCCCCCUUCCUCUCUCACCAGCCUCAGCAGUACUCUUGGUCCCCUCUCUAACAAUGUGCACUCCGUGGUUAGAAAUCUUGGGGUCAUGCUUAAUUUUAAUAAACAAAUCAGUGUGGUCAGAAGUGUUUUUUAUCAACUUAGAGUAAUAUCCAAUCUCAAGUUCUUUUCAUUCCAGAAUGAUCUUGAAAUUCUCAUACAUGCUUUUAUUACCCCCAGACUCGAUUACAACAAUAUUUUAUACACAGGUCUGACUCAAUCUAACAUUCCCAAAUUACAGAUGGUCCAGAAUGCAGCAGCCAGAUUGCUUACUGGUGCUAAAAAGAAUCAAUACAUGACAAUCUUUUUUAUGUAAAAUAUGUGUAAUGCUUUACAUUG